AUGGGUUGGGUAAAAUUGCUCUUCACCUUUGGUUCGGUGAUGCCUUCUUUGGUCGCAUCGCAAAUAGUACCCACUGAAGUUCACAAUACCGGUUUCAAUUCUUCCUUUAUUCUCACUGAGGCUCAGAUCAAAGCUGGUGAUCUCAGUGAUACUCUCGUUCAGAAUGUUCAAAAUGUUAUGAACUUCGACAGAACUCAGAUGGCCUUUGGGGGGCCAAACGAGGAUGACUUUUACACCCUCCCUGCCUUAACCAACUCAACAAUACUCAAGCCAGGCCAAGUUCUGAAAGUCGAAAGAAUUACCGACCCUAGUGCAUAUGCCAUCCCCGCAAACACUGGACUAUCGCGUAUCAUGUACACGACUAUCAACUUCAACGGGACCGUCAUUCCUACAUCCGGCUUUAUACUAUGGCCAUAUGCUGCCCGAACUUUUGGCCAAGCCUUGAAUGAGAAAGCAAAAGCGCCUAUCGUGGUUUGGGCUCACGGUACAUCUGGCUUCUUCGGCCCUCAAGCCCCCUCAGCUCAUCGCUCCCUCUGGUAUGACAAUAGCGGGCCGUUCGCGUUAGCAGAGGCGGGAUACGCAGUAUUUGCUCCAGACUUUGCUGGACUAGGCAUCGGAAAGACCUGGGAUGGUAGUGAGAUACCUCACCAAUAUCACGCUACUCCAGCCACAGCCCACGAUGCCGUGUACGGCCUUCGUGCAGCCCUGGAAACUUUCCCCGAAUCGUUGGACAACAACUGGGUUGCCAUGGGUCAUAGCGAAGGAGGGGGGGUUGCCUGGGCCGUUGCUGAAGUCCUCCACUAUGAGGAGAGUGAAUUUGCCGAUCUGAUCACGGGGUAUAAAGGUGUUGUUGCCGCCAGCCCUACCACCAGGGUGCUCACCGGCCCGGGCUACUUCAUGGCUCCCACAGUCGCACAAAUGCUGAAAUCAAUCUUUCCUUCUUUCGAGUUCAGUGACUGGAUGACACCUAUUGGAGUUGCUAGGUUGAAUCUGAUCAAGGAAAUACAGGGUGGGAUUGGUGUUUUUACCCAGGUGUUGGCAAACUCGACGGAGAACGUCAAGACAGACUUCAAGGAAACCUGGUAUGUCGACGCAUUUUCCAAACUUGGUGAUGCGGGUCAUAAAGAUUUCAAGGGGCCCAUUCUUGUCCUGCAAGGCACUGCCGAUACCUAUGUUCCCUACGAUGUCACCUUGGCGACCGUCGAGGAGGCCUGGACGAACUACCCCAACAAUGACCUCAACUUAUUGGCGGCGUCGGGUGUCGGACACGUGCCCAUUCUCAGAGCUACUCGCCAAUUCUGGCAGAAGUGGAUUGAUGAACGGAUCGAAGGGAAGCCUCUGCCCCAGAAAGGAGGAGUCAGAACCGACGUUGCGCCGUUGAGACAGGAUGAGCAGUACACCAAGAUCAUUAAUUCCUUCCCUUUGUGGGCCGGACUUCCACAGUUCGGUUAUGAGGUUGUGCUGCCAGUCUAG